AUGUCAACCAACGCUCAGCCGGUCAAGCUCUCACUACCGCUUGAAUACCAGCAGAACCUCUUCCAAGAGCUAAGGAUUGAAGAUGAGCUGGUCGUCCUCGCCCGGGGCUUGGGGCUGAUGCGCCUGGUCACGAAUCUGCUUCAUUCCUAUGAUGCAGCAGGCAACAACCUGAUCAUCCUCGUUGGGGCCGAUGACCGAGAGAACAACUGGAUUGGAGAGGCAUUGGCCGAGCAUGCCGCUAUCAGCAUGUCCCCCAACGCCAGGGGCCUCACAGUUGUCAACACCGACUUCACCAGCGUUGGCGCUAGAGAAAAGAUGUAUACCCGCGGUGGAAUCUUCAGCAUCACGUCGCGGAUCUUGGUUGUCGAUCUCCUGACCAACCUCCUCGAUGCUGAGAAAGUGACAGGCCUUAUUGUUCUGCACGCCGAUCGCGUCGUGGCGACGUCUCUAGAAGCCUUCAUUCUGCGAAUUUACCGGCAGAAGAACAAAGCUGGCUUUUUAAAGGCAUUCGCCGACAACCCCGAUCCAUUCUCAACCGGGUUUUCCCCGCUAACCACCAUGAUGAGAAACCUUUUUCUGAGAAAAGCUUCGUUGUGGCCACGUUUUCACGUGACGGUUGCCCAGUCGCUGGAAGGGAAAAAGACUGCCGAAGUCAUCGAGUUGAACAUCUCAAUGAGCGAGGCUAUGAGGGACAUUCAAAACGCUAUCCUGGAGUGUGUGGAGGUCAGCAUCCACGAGUUGAAGAAGGGUAAUACCGGCCUAGAGAUGGAGGAUUGGAAUCUUGACAGCGCCUUGCACAAGAACUUUGACGUGAUCAUCAGAAGGCAGCUCGACCCUAACUGGCACCGAGUCAGCUGGAAGACCCGGCAAAUCGUCAACGACUUGAGCGUCCUUCGAGGCAUGCUUCAGUCAGUUCUCACCCUUGAUGCCGUCUCGUUCUUGCAACAUCUGGACACCAUUCACGCUGCACAUUCCCCGCCUCCUGGCUCAACAAGGCAGAACCAGUCCCCCUGGCUGUUUCUUGACGCGGCCCAAACGAUCUUCGAGACAGCACGGCGACGAGUCUACUCUGCCAGCUCAAAGGCUGCCACAGCGGACGCGAACAUCGAUUCGCUCCGGCCUGUUCUCGAGGAACAACCGAAAUGGGCGUGGUUGGCAGACGUCUUGACGGAAAUCGACAACAGCAUGCAUUUCGAUCCUCCGGUCCGCGAUGACUCCAACGGUACUAUACUCAUCAUGUGCGGCGAUACCAACACUUGCCGGCAACUUCGCGACUACCUGCAAACGAUGCACUUCAAACCAAAAGUCGACAAGGACCCAACCAAGGAAGAUGAGGAAGACGAAGACCAGCCAUCCGCCGCCUUCAUGAUGCGACGGAAAUUACGCAAUUAUCUGAGGUGGAAGAGAGAAUUUGCUCAAGUGAAUGCGACGCUCUUCUCCGAGAACCAGAAAGCUUUGAACGGUGCUACUGAUCGAUCAGGCCAGCGGCUUCGGGGCAAGGCGCCGUCAAACAAGCGGAGACGGAUGAGAGGCGGCGGUGCUGCGGGAACGUCUCUUGGCCGAGCCGACAAUGGCAGCAUUCUUCAAUUUUUCGAGCGACCGGCAGAGGUUGAAGACCUUAUGGCUGAGGUGCAAAUCACGGAGGAGGAAGCAGAGCAGAAGCCGGAAAUCGUUACCGACCCCCUAGAGAACAUGGAGGACUACUAUCAGCUGUACGAGAUGCAAGACUUGGUCGUCAUACACGCGUACGAUGGAGACCAGGACGAGCACGUCCUGGAAGAGGUCAAGCCGCGGUACAUCAUCAUGUACGAGCCCGAUGCUGCCUUCAUCCGUCGAGUCGAGGUCUAUCGGUCAUCCCACAACGACAGAAAUGUCCGCGUGUACUUCAUGUACUACGGCGAGUCGGUAGAGGAACAACGCUACCUAUCAAGCGUGCGACGCGAGAAGGACGCGUUUACGAAGCUCAUCAAGGAGCGGGCGUCCAUGUCGUUGGUCAUGACGGUAGAUCCGCAUGGCGCCGAGGACCCGCAGGAUGCCUUUCUGCGAACAGUCAACACGCGAAUCGCUGGUGGUGGACGUCUCGCCGCGACAGCGCAACCGCCUCGUGUGGUCGUCGACGUACGAGAGUUCCGCUCGUCGUUGCCGUCACUCCUGCACGGCCGGUCCAUGAUCAUCGUUCCCUGCAUGCUGACAGUAGGAGACUACGUCUUGUCGCCCAACAUCUGCGUCGAGCGCAAGUCCAUCAGCGAUUUGAUCUCAUCAUUCAAGGACGGACGCCUGUACGCCCAGUGCGAGACCAUGUUCCAGCACUACAAGAGCCCCAUGCUCCUCAUCGAGUUCGACCAGAACAAAUCCUUCACACUGGAGCCCUUCGCCGACCUCUCUGGCAGCUUCAAUAGCAUCGCGCCGACCAACGUGUCGUCCGACCUGCAAUCCAAGCUCGUCCUGCUCACGCUGGCAUUCCCGAAGCUGCGUAUCAUCUGGUCAUCCUCGCCGUACCAAACGGCCGAGAUCUUCGAGUCGCUCAAGACGCAGGAGGACGAGCCGGAUCCGAUCGCCGCGGUCCGCGCCGGGUUGGACAAGGACAUGAAGGCUGAAGACCAGGCAUUCAACCUGGAGCCGCAGGAGAUGCUUGGCGCCGUGCCAGGCGUCAACCCCAAGAACAUCAUGCGGCUGGUCUUGGCGACAGAAAAUCUGCGGGAGGUUGCCAACUUGAGCGAGCAGGAGUUAGAGCCAAUGGUUGGUAAGGAGGCUGGGCGGCAGAUUUAUGGUUUCUUUAAUCGGAACGUGUUGGAAGAUUAG